AUGAGAUCAUGGUCCAUGAAAGCAAAAAUGUGUGUUCAAGAAAUGCGGACGGGCCGGAGGCUUUGUCAGUCCGAUUCUCACCAUGACGCUGUCCUGGCAGCCUUGAAUCAGCAGAGAAGUGAUGGCGUUCUCUGUGAUGUCACCCUCAUAGCUGAAGAGCAGAAAUUCCACGCCCACAAGGCGGUCCUGGCAGCUUGCAGCGAUUAUUUCCGAGCAAUGUUCAGUCUAUGUAUGGUGGAAAGUGGAGCUGAUGAAGUGAAUUUACACGGUGUGACCAGCCUUGGUUUAAAGCAAGCUCUGGAGUUUGCAUACACAGGACAGAUCCUAUUGGAGCCAGGAGUGAUCCAGGAUGUAUUGGCAGCUGGAAGUCAUCUUCAGCUACUGGAACUCCUCAAUUUAUGUUCCCACUAUCUCAUCCAGGAAUUAAAUAGCUUUAAUUACUUGGAUCUGUACAGACUUGCUGACCUCUUUAAUCUCACUUUGCUGGAGAAGGCAGUGAUCGAUUUUUUAGUGAAACACCUCUCUGAACUCCUGAAGAGUCACCCUGAAGAAGUUCUAACACUUCCUUAUUGCCUGCUUCAAGAGGUCCUGAAGAGUGACCAGCUGACGUCCCUAAGUGAAGAGCAAAUCUGGCAGCUAGCAGUGAGGUGGUUGGAACACAACUGCCAUUACCAGUACAUGGAUGAGCUCCUCCAGUACAUUCGUUUUGGUCUAAUGGACGUGGACACCCUUCAUACCGUUGCGCUGUCUCAUCCUCUGGUCCAAGCCAGUGAGACAGCAACAGCCCUUGUCAAUGAGGCCUUGGAGUACCACCAGAGCAUCUAUGCACAGCCAGUGUGGCAGACCCGAAGGACCAAACCUCGCUUCCAGUCAGACACACUCUAUAUCAUUGGUGGGAAAAAGCGUGAAGUCUGUAAAGUCAAAGAACUCCGGUAUUUUAAUCCAGUUGACCAAGACAAUGCCCUAAUAGCAGCAAUAGCCAACUGGAGUGAACUGGAACCAAUGCCUGUGGGCAGAAGCCACCACUGCGUUGCUGUCAUGGGGGAUUUCCUCUUUGUAGCAGGGGGGGAAGUGGAGCAUGCUACUGGCCGGACAUGUGCUGUACGGACCGCCUGUCGCUAUGAUCCCCGUAGUAACUCUUGGGCUGAAAUUGCUCCCAUGAAGAACUGUCGGGAACAUUUUGUGCUGGGAGCAAUGGAUGAAUAUCUCUACGCAGUAGGAGGCCGGAAUGAACUACGUCAGGUUCUGCCCACGGUGGAGAGAUACUGUCCCAAGAAGAACAAAUGGACUUUUGUACAGUCCUUUGACCGGUCUCUUUCGUGCCAUGCAGGAUAUGUGGCGGAUGGUCUUCUUUGGAUAUCAGGUGGAGUAACUAAUACUGCCCAAUAUCAGAACAGACUAAUGGUGUACGAACCCAGCCAGAAUCAGUGGAUCAGUCGAAGCCCCAUGCCACAGAGGAGGGUGUAUCAUUCCAUGGCUGCUGUCCAGAGGAAGCUGUAUGUUCUUGGGGGCAAUGACCUCGACUACAAUAAUGAUCGCAUCCUUGUGCGACAUAUAGAUUCCUAUAACAUAGAUACAGACCAGUGGACACGCUGCAAUUUCAACCUGUUAACUGGUCAAAAUGAAUCUGGAGUUGCCGUCCAUAAUGGAAGAAUAUAUUUAGUUGGUGGCUAUUCGAUUUGGACAAAUGAGCCUCUGGCAUGUAUCCAGGUUUUGGAUGUUAGCAGAGAAGGCAAAGAAGAGGUAUUCUAUGGACCUACACUUCCUUUUGCUUCCAAUGGAAUAGCGGCAUGCUUCCUUCCAGCUCCAUAUUUCACAUGUCCUAACCUUCAGACCCUGCAAGUGCCUCAUCAUAGGAUUGGCAACGUCUGAGCAUCCCAAACGUGCUGUUUCACACAAGUCCAAGAGCAGGAGGAAAGAAAAGAAGAAAGUCACUGAAGCUCGACUAUCCGAUUGACUGUGGGCAUUGAGAACGGAAGGAGUCAGUGCUCAGUGCUUCCUUGUCUUGUUUUACACAUCUGUCUUAAGUUCAGAUACAUAUUAGUUAAAAAGAGAAUCAUUUUCUAAAAUACAUUAUUGAAAAACUACUGUCAUUUUUUUCUCCUUUAUCACAU